AUGGGCAUCUGUGCAUCGUGUCUUGGCCGUGACCGGCAUUCCUCGCAGCAGGCCGACCUCGACCGCAUCCUCGACUCCGAACAGCCGUCCUAUGGCGCCAUCGACGACAGCCACUACGCACAGCCUGAUGAGCAAGAGCUGAGCAGAGAGCGGGAGGCGCUGGAGCGCAUCACCGCACACGCGGCAGACCAAAUGAUCGAUAUCCAACAUCCGAGCUAUGCCGAGCUACAUCCUCAGCAUCACAGAUCCAACAACGCGGACCCAGCCGAUGCAGCACGCGACAGAGGGAACGACCAUGGCGGUGUCGAUGUCGACCAAGAGGCCGAGGAAGCCGCCUGGCUAGAGAGUGUUCAGGCGGCUGGUCUGGAGCAAGUCCAUCUGCCUCAGGAACCACUGUCUACACCCAUCAGCGUGCUUCGUGAACCUGCACAGUCUGGAAAGGCGGAUUUGGGGCGUUGA